AUGGCUCCAGGACAGGGGUCAAUUGACGCGGAGAGGGGCAGCGGAGUGGAGCUAGCGAGUAUUGCGGAGCGGAGUUACGGACUGUGUCUGUCCAUUGAGGCAGAGCGAGGCAGCGGUGCGGAGCCAGCGAGUAUUACUGAGCGGAGUAAUGGACUGACAAACUUCAGCAGUUUACUUGACCAAAUAGACAGCAACGACCUCAGUAAUGAAACAGACCUGUUUGCGUGCGACAAGAGUGACUCCAUAUCAAGCAGCACGGAGGCCGAGCGGCCGACGGUAACAUGCGAGAAAUAUAUCAAUAUCAACAAUAAUGAGGAGACCAAGAUGAAGAAAGGUGCCACUACUGUUUAUAAGAGGCCUAGGAAGCGAUUCCGUAAAAGAGUGAAGAAACGCCAGUCAAAGUCAGCUCGGAGUGACUCGGAGGGCUCUAGUGAUGAGGCCGUCCCUCUCAGCAGGAUUAUAGAGGUGGACAGCAAGUGCAUCAACUCGGAGUCACCGGAUAAUGUCAUGGGAGUGCCCAAUAUUGUUAUAUUGACUAGAGACUUAAAACCAAAAAUCCAACAAGAUAAGAAGUCUCCAAAGUCUAUCCCGCCACAAACUAAGACAGAAGAAACAUCCCCACCACCGAAAACAGAACGAAACCCCACACCACUGAAGAUGACAGAAGUAAGCCCCGCCCCUCUGCAAAAGACAGAAGUAAGCCCCGCCUACAAUCACACUGUGACAGAAAUUAGCCCCGCCUCCCAGCAGAAAGUGACAGAUAUAAGCGCCGCCUCUCUGCGGCAGAAAGAAGAGAAAGGAGCCAGUGAGUGGAAGAACUGUACAAUGUGCAGUCUUUCUUUUAGAGGAGAAAGAGGAUUGAGACGCCACAUGACGAUGUCUCACAUAUUAAACGAUGAAGAAACAAAGAAGUCCAGUAAACCGGAGCAACGACAUUCGACCAUUACAAGUGGGUAAUUAUUAUUAUUAUUUAUUCAUAUAACAAGCCGCCAUCUUGUCGACAGAGAACACAGAAGCGGAUUAAUCCUUCAGAGCACCCUAGGCAAGCACCUCAGGCGCUCCUAAAUUUUUUUGGGAGUUGGGCACGCGUCCCUCUGAUGCCUGGCGCCCGGCACUUGCCUAGUUUACCUUAAAGACAAUACGGCUCUGUAAAAACAAUUUUAAAUUAAUACCCAGUUAUAAUCCAAAGUCUUUGAAAGAUGUUCUAUAGGAUUUGUCGAUACUUGAUCUUAAUGUGAACAUUUAUGAUCCAAAGAUUUUGGAUUUAGAUCACUAUUUGCUUAGAUCAUUUAUUCAUGGUAUUCUGAAAGUGUUCUACAAGAAUUCGAUUUGUUUUAGACAUAUGUUAAUAUUGAAUAGAUACAUCUGUCUAUGGGUUUGAUAUAGUGUUCUUAUAAUAUAAAAAUGAAUUGCUGAAUGUGUAGCUAAGUUAAAAUCUCGAGAAUAGCUGAACCGAUUUUGUUAAUUUGCUCUUGUUAGGAGAAAAUUCUUAUCGAUCGCGGGUUAUUCACGUGAAAAUACUGUGAAAAGCUCUUAGUGUCGCGUAGCCUAUGUAACCGUAGCCGUAGCACGUUGCUCAUGAGGAAGAACCCCUCAGUGGUUCGAAACUAGUAGUGCUUUUCUCAGUAU